UGCUGCCACUCUCGGUCCGCCAAUCAGGGGAUGCGGUGUGGCGGCGAGCGCGGGCUCAGCGCCGGCGCACAUUGUGCUGAGAGCGCGCGGUCGGAGUGGUGGCUUCUUGUGAGCGGCGAUAAUGGCACAGGGUGAUUUUGAAAGGGCAGCAAAAGAUGUUAAACAACUCAAAUCGCAACCAUCUGAUGAUGAAAUGUUGACUGUCUACAGUCUAUACAAACAGGCAACUGUUGGAGAUGUGAAUAUAGAUCGUCCUGGCACAUUUGAUCUUAAAGGAAAGGCCAAGUGGGAUGCAUGGAAUGCGCGUAAAGGAACAAGUAAAGAAGAGGCAAUGGCGAUGUACAUCUCAAAAGUUAACGAGCUGAAGGAAAAGUAUGGCAUGAAUUAAAAUCUAACCUUUUAAAAAUGGCUUGAUCUUCAGUCUGCGACUGUAGGAAAAUGCACUGACUAAUUUGAUUUGUCAUAAUUCAUAAGAGGCGAUAAUAUUUUAUAUAAUCAACUGCCUUAAUGGUAGUUACAUUUGUGAUUAAUUUUUCUAUUAAAAGUAUGGUAAUUUGUUUCACUUAUUAACAUGUAAUCAUAUUUCUGAAUUCAAUAUUGGCUUUACUGUAAACUUUAUAAGUAAAAUAAAAUAGUAGCUGUCCACUUAA